AUGAGCGAGCUCCAGAGAUCCUUUGUCAGAUCCAGAUUGGCCAUGUUACCUCCAGAGGCACCACUAACAGACCCAAUUGGUAUGCCCAAUGAGAGUCGAGAUGAGGAUAGCUCUUCAGCCUCCUCAUUAUCAUCCACAGGCACGCUGGUGCCUUCGCCGACAAGACAUUUAUUCGCCCGAACAAGAAAUCCACAAUCAACCCAAUCACUGGCGUGGACGGACUUCUUUGAGCAGGAGCUAUUCUUACCCCAGGAAGCAGAAAAUCUUCAUAUCAUCCAUCAUGUUUACCUAACUCCCCCACGUCACUCUGGGCCACUCUUCGUGAUGCAUCACGGUGCAGGCUCUUCGGGCCUCUCAUUCGCAACAUGCGCGGGGGAGAUCCGGAAAAUUCUUCCGGAGGCUGGAAUCCUAUCCAUUGAUGCAAGAGGACAUGGCCGUACAACGAUGACGUCUAACCCGGCAGAUUUUGAUGAUCAGAAUCCUUCCAUCGCAGCAGCUACGCAAGCUGAAGCUGAAGGUCAGAUUGAAUUGGAUUUGAGCCUCGAAACCUUGAGCAAGGACCUCGUGCAUGCGGUUCGCAAAACCCAAGCGCGAAUGAAAUGGGAACAAUUGCCAGAUAUUGUCCUCGUGGGUCACAGUCUUGGCGGUGCUGUCAUUACUGAUGUGGCGAAAAAUGGUGAGCUGGGCCCUAAGGUCUUGGCUCAUGCGGUGUUGGAUGUUGUUGAGGGUUCCGCUAUGGAUGCCCUCCAAAGCAUGGAAAAAUACCUCCUCGCCCGACCAACCCGGUUUCCCUCCCUGGAAUCGGGAAUUGAAUGGCACACCCGAUCUCGAACAAUUCGAAACACCGCCUCUGCCCGGGCUUCUGUCCCUUCUUUGAUAUAUGAAGAAGCCCAACCUGCUGAUCCCUCCAGGCCUUGGGUCUGGCGCACCAAUCUAUCCGCGACCAAACCAUUCUGGGAAAAUUGGUUUAUUGGCUUGAGUAAAAAGUUUCUCGAGGCGCGAGGAGGAAAACUCUUGCUCCUGGCAGGAACAGACAGGCUGGAUAAAGAACUCAUGAUUGGACAAAUGCAAGGGAAAUACCAACUGCAAGUCUUUCCUGAAGCAGGCCAUUUUGUGCAAGAGGAUCAACCGGCCAAGACGGCGCAGGUACUGGCCGACUUUUACAAACGAAAUGAUCGCAGUGCCUUGGUGCUGCCACCAAAAGUAGGGGAUAUGCAAGCAGCCGCUGCAAUGAAGAAAGGGAUCGGCGCUACCAUCAAUGGACAAUUCAAGUAG